ACAUAGAUUUUUGUCCUCCUCACACACCACAUUACCAUCCUAUACUAUACUCUUGUGUAAUAAUUAAGGCAAGACAUCAAGAAACAGAAAGAGAAGUACUGCAACAAUGGCAACCUCAUCACUACAGGCAGCUGCCACUCUGAUGCAGCCCACCAAGGUUGGCAGAACCAGCCUUCAGCUCCGAUCUGUUCAAACCCUCGGCAAGGCCUUCGGCGUUGAGCCUGCCGGCGCCAGAAUGACAUGCUCUCUUCAGGCUGAUCUCAAGGACUUGGCACAUAAGCUCACUGAUGCUGCCAAGAUUGCUGGCUUCGCUCUUGCUACUUCCGCACUCGUCGUUUCGGGAGCCAAUGCUGAAGGAGUUCCCAAAAGGCUAACCUACGAUGAAAUCCAGAGUAAGACUUACUUAGAAGUCAAAGGAACCGGAACUGCAAACCAGUGCCCAACCAUCGAGGGUGGAGUCGACAGCUUUGCCUUCAAGGCCGGUAAAUACAAUGCCAAGAAGUUCUGCCUUGAGCCCACAUCGUUCACCGUUAAGGCUGAGGGAGUAAACAAGAACGCCCCACCAGAGUUCCAGAAAACAAAACUCAUGACACGUCUAACCUACACUCUUGACGAGAUUGAGGGUCCUUUUGUGGUAUCUGAGGAUGGAACCGUCAAGUUUGAGGAGAAGGAUGGAAUCGACUAUGCUGCAGUCACAGUGCAGCUUCCUGGUGGCGAACGUGUGCCGUUCCUCUUCACCAUCAAGCAGCUCGUUGCAUCGGGUAAGCCUGAGAGCUUUGGAGGAGAGUUCCUUGUGCCAUCAUACAGAGGUUCGUCGUUUCUUGACCCAAAGGGCAGGGGUGGAUCAACUGGCUAUGACAACGCUGUUGCAUUGCCUGCUGGAGGAAGAGGAGACGAGGAGGAGCUGGAAAAGGAGAACAACAAGAAUGUUGCAUCAUCUACAGGGAAGAUUACCUUGAGUGUUACUAAGAGCAAGCCUGAGACUGGUGAGGUGAUUGGUGUGUUUGAGAGUGUUCAGCCUUCUGAUACUGAUUUGGGCUCGAAGGCUCCCAAAGAUGUGAAAAUCCAGGGGGUUUGGUAUGCUCAGCUUGACUCAUAG